CAGUAGGAAACCUAUCUUUGGUCAGUGGGGUCUGUUUUCAUAUUGGUUAUCUAAUAUGCUAAGAUGUUCCGGGCUCCAUCUUGAACAUUUCCUGCCCUAUAUCUGGAAUCAGCAAUGUCUUCAGAGUCUUUGUUCCUUUUAGUGGGAAAUGGUAUUUUCGAGACCACUAGGGGCAUUCAUAGGUUUUUCUUCUUCUUCUUUUUUCCCCCCACUUUUUAAUGUAGUAAAAAAUAAAAUAUAAAAUUCACCAUCUUAACCAAUUUAAAGCACAAGUUCAGUAGGGUUAACUAUAGUUACACUGAUGUGCAACAUAUCUCUAGAACUUCUCAUCUUCCAAUCCUGAAGCUCAGUAUCCAGUAACAACUUCCAUUUCCCAUCUUCCCUCAGAUUUUUGCCUUUCUAAAAAUGAGAAAGUAGCAUAGUUCUUUAGUGGAAACUUUUACCAGCAUAUGAUUAUUUUCCUUUGAACCUGUAGACUUUUAGGCCCUGACUCCAUGCUAUUUUUAUUUUUGUCUACUAAUCCCAAACUAUGUCCUACAAAGGAUUUUAUGUAGCUAAGUAUCUAAACAAUGAGCUAUUUUUAUAGAACAGUGAGAAUUUUGAAAUACAUGCUACCUCGCAAUAAUGACCAUUUCAUUAUCAGGGCCCAAAAUAUUCCCUGGAGCUGUACUUUGCUUAAGUAAGUGCAUUCUGAAGCCUGGUGUGGUCCCCACCCAAAAUGCAGAACUAUAGCUAAUAUCCCAUGUCUGUGGUCUCAUCUAGUCUGGCUCAGCCUUGUGGCUGUACCUGUUGUAGAACAGAAAUAAUUUGCAUCAGACUAUUCAGUUCAGAUCUAUAGGUCCAGCUCCCUGAGCCAUGAGAAAUUGUGGUACAAAAAAUUGCAUAAAAAAAAAAAUUAAAAAAAAAUAGCAACACAAUUGGAAAAGGAGUGGCUGUCUCUUGGGAUUCUAAAGGAGACCUACAGACUGGUUUUGUUACUAUUGACCAGGAAGUACCUUGUUUUGUUUCAUAAGCUCUGUGUUCUCAUUUGCAUUAUGUGUUCUCAAAGAGUAUAUUCUAAAUCAUUUUCCUUUCUCCCCUUGCCGGAAGUGCUUGAAUAUUAAACACAUACACUCAAAAGAGGAAACUCAGGAACUCAGAAAUCAUGUGACCGAUGACUAAGUUAAACCUUUUCUGCUUACUGAAAGGGAAGAGUCCGAUGAUUAGUUGCCCAUCCCCCUUGUAUUUGUAAAGUUUUGGAGAUACUGAAUCAUGUUUUCAUUUAUGCUUUUUUCCACUCUGUUUUCUUCCAUAUUCGCUGAACCUGGGGAGCAACGCUGGGUCUGCAACUCCUCUGAUGUCUCUGUUUGGUAUACCUAUUGUGAUGACAUGAAAGUCCCUAUUUCAAUAGAACCUAAACCUUGUAUAACACUGAAGGGAAGCAAGGGAUAUUUGCAUCUUUCCUACAUUCCAAGAAGAGAUAUUAAAAAACUAUAUUUCAAUAUCUAUUUAUCUUUCAACUCCAUGGAUUUUCCAAUGCGCAAAGAAGUUGUUUGCAGAGGAUCUGAUGAUCUUUAUUCUUUCUGCAGAGCUCUGAAGGGAGAGACUGUGAAUACAGCAGUAUCCUUCUCCUUCAGGGGACUACGAUUUUCUAAGGGACGAUAUAAAUGUGUUGCAGAAGCCAUCUCUGGAGAUCCCGAAGAAGUGCUCUUUUGUUUGAAUUUUACCAUCAUACACCACCCUGAUUUCAAUUAGAAUAAAUAAAGUGUAUUUUUAUUUUUCAGA